UUCCCCGUUGAAAGGAGCUACCCACUCCAUGGAUGGAUGGAAGCCAAGCAAGUGCCCUAAACAGGGCUGGUUUUACAUGCAGUCAUUUUUUUAGAACCACAUCUGGACAGAUUAAACUCAUCCACAGGGCAACCAAAACUGUAUACACAACAACUGUAUAAUAAAAGCAUAACCGACUUAAUUCCUUAACAUAUAUAAAAGUUUUUUCUCAGUAUUUUGUCCAUUUAAAGGGAGCUUCAGAAAGGAGGCAGGGAAAACCCUGCAUCUUUCCUGCUGCUUUCUUGUACUGUCUAUCAGCACCAUGCUCUGCCGCCUGUUUUCAGCAGUGAAACAAUGAUGUGCUGCCUUCAAACAUCAGAACACAGCUCCUUUGGUGGAUCAGUGCUAAAUCUUCUUUCCCUGCUCCCUAGCUUUAUUUUGGUUAUUACUGUGGAUUUAGUUCAGUUAACUUCAGACAAAUUCUUAGCUCUAUCUGCUGUGCUAGCCUUGUACCUAGAACUUAGAGAAAUACAGAUUAUUUUCAUACCAUUGCACAUCAGACAAAAUAUAACACUUCCCCCAUUUAAGCCGAGCUAGCAUUACCCCUCACAUCAGUGCUCACUGCCUCUCAGCAGCACCAAUUCCUACUGUCUUGUUCCUUUCUCCCUGUAAGAACUGGGUAUGUCCUGAAGAAGGGGAAAGACUGAAUUGCCAGUAGUCCUACCAGACAGAGACUCUGCACCCUGUUCUCAAGAUUUUGGGCUGUAUAGCACUGUUUCAUACUGCAUAAUUUCUUGCAAAGUACAGUGAACUAAUACUUAGCAGUUUCUUUACGAGGCAGCGCUAUUUAUUUUUUUUCUGAUUGUGAACUCUAUCAAAUAAUAUUGUCAUCUGUCCACUAUCCAUCUCAAUGACCUAAAUUAAGCAACUGAAAAUGGUUCUAAAUAUACCAGGAUUGGUAUCUUUGAGUGUGUUUUUUACCUUCACAUUGGCUACGGGAAUCUGGGCUUCAUGGAAAAGCAAAAAGGAUCAGCAGAACAGAAACCCAACUGAAAUGGCCCUCGUUGGAGGCAGGAAUAUAAAUGUUUGCAUUGGGUUGUUUACUGCAACUGCCACCUGGGUUGGAGGAGCAUAUAUCAACGGCACAGCUGAAAUUGUCUACCUGCCUUCAAAAGGACUGCUCUGGGUCCAGGCACCCCUGGGAUUUGCCUUGUCCCUUGUCAUUGGUGGUUUCUUUUUUGUAAAUCCAAUGAGAUCCAAGAGCUACAUGACAGUGAUGGAUCCCCUCCAGGAAGCAUAUGGGAAUGUGAUGGGAAGCUUACUCUUCAUUCCUCCACUGCUAGGAGAGAUGUUCUGGUUUGCAGCUAUCCUGGCAUCCCUGGGAGCAACAAUGAGGGUUAUCUUGGACAUUGGAGGUUCUUUGGCUAUCAUCCUCUCAGCAUCCACUGUCAUACUCUACACUCUACUGGGAGGCCUCUACUCUGUUGCAUACACAGAUGUCAUCCAGUUGGUUUUCAUUACCCUCAGCCUGUGGGUCUGUAUCCCCUUUGCCAUGGUGAACUCUGCAACAGAAAGUAUUUAUUACACUGCAACUCAUAAAUAUUACCAAGACCCUUGGAUUGGAAAAAUAGAAAAACUGUAUCUUGGAAGGUGGCUGGAUGACUUCUUCUACCUGGUGCUUGGGAGCAUCCCAUGGCAAACCUAUUUCCAAAGAGUGCUCUCAGCUGCCUCGCCAGGCCAGGCCAGGUUCAUCUCCUACCUCUCUGGACUGGGAUGCUUUUUCAUGGCCAUCCCCUCCGUGCUCAUUGGUGCAGUUGCAGCAUCAACAGACUGGAACCAGACAAGCUAUGGUCUUCCAAGUCCACAUGAGAGAGGAGAAUCUGCUAUGGUACUGCCGUUUGUUUUACACUAUCUCUGCCCAGCAUACGUCUCCAUUGCUGGCUUAGGAGCCAUCGCAGCUGCUGCAAUGUCUUCUGCAGAUUCAGCACUUCUCUCUGCCAGCUCCAUGUUCGCUCACAAUAUCUACAGAAAAAUCCUGAGGAAACAGGCUACAGAAGGGGAGAUCUUAUGGGCCAUGAGGAUCUCCAUGCUGGUGUUUGGGGCUGGGGCUGCUGGUCUGGCUUUUUACUCCAGCUCUGUCUACGACCUCUGGUUCCUCAGCGGGGAGCUGGUGUAUGCCCUGCUCUUCCCCCAGCUGUGCUGUGCCCUCUUCGUUCCCAGCACCAACACCUACGGCUCGGCUGCUGGCUUCUUCAUUGGGCUCCUCCUGAGGCUGCUGGCAGGGGAGCCUGCCCUGAAAAUCCCCCCUGUCAUCCACUACCCAGGCUGCACCCUCAUGAACGGGACCUACACGCAGCUCUUCCCCUAUAAAACAUUCACCGUGCUUCUCACCCUGGGGACAAUUGUUGCUGUUUCAUAUGUGGCUGUGGUUUUGUUUCAGAGAAACCUCCUUCCCCGCAGAUGGGAUGUCUGCAAUGUGCUGGGGGAAACCCGCUCCGUCGUCCCCCUCCGCCGGGUGGACAAAUGGACAGGUACUCAAACAGUCGCACUGCAAGAGAAUCAGGAUUAAUUGUGGGGCCUCGUUUGAAAGGACACACUGCACUCAGCAAUUAGCAUCUGGUGCUGCUCUUCCCUUUGCUUUCUCCAGCAAUGAAUUAUUUAAAGUCCUCGCAGAGUAAUAAAGAUGCAAUCCAU